UGCUCCUCCCCUCCCCCAUGGCGGCACACGCCGGGACCCUAGCUCCGCCCCUCCCCCUCCGCCUCCCGCCUCCCCCGAUCCCCCGCCCCAGGCUCCUCAUCCCAGCCUCCUCCUCCUCCUCGCUCCUCCCGCGAGCCCGCCGCCUCGCGGUCGCCCGCGCGGCCUCCGGCGGGGACGGCGGGCCCCCGGCGGAGGGGGACCAGGAGCAGCGGGGCCCGGCCCUCCCGGCGCUCUCGGAGAUCCGGUGGGGCGAGCUGCUGUCCCCGGAGCCCGCCAACGCCACGGCCGUCGUGCUCACCGGCGUGCUCGCCUGGGCUGGCGCCUCGCUGCUGUUGCAGGUCCUGCUCGUCUUCGCCACCAUCUUCGCCGCCGCCGUCAAGUACUCCUUCGUCGCCGCGCUCCUGCUUUUCAUCCUCAUCGCGCUCCUCUGACCGGCUUCGUCGCCCAGAUAACCUUCACUUUGGAUUGGCCUUGAAGCAGAUAUGGCACUAAUUGUAAGCAGGCACCGGCUUGUCUAACACACAUGCAGUGACACGACCUGCUUUUAUAUAGCAAUCCACCUUCAAGGGAAUAUGAUCUUUGGCCAGUAUUGGUUGCAUUGCUGCACACCACUUGAAAACACCUUGCAGGUCAUUGUACAUCUUUAUUUAUGCUCUUAUAGAUUCUCAUGAAUAUUGUAAUAUGCUAUAGCUUGUAUAAUGGCUGUAUGUUGAUGUUAUGAUUAACUUAACUGAUCUUGUAAGACCCUGUUCCACAUGUACGGACAAUCCUGUUGUUUUUCCCACUAAAUAUUGCUUACCUUGAUCAUAA